UUACACCACUAACCUCACAGGAGAUCACAUCUCUGGACACAUCUCCACAAGUCUCUCUUUAAAACAUCUACAAUUGGACUGACAAAUCUCUUCUUUAAUCAAGGAUCUGAGUUAAUACAAAAAAAAAUCUGAUGAAUGGAAGAAAAUCAUCUGUGAUGGUAUUCCAGAAGUUAAAAUCUCAACAAAAACAAACAACGGGUCGGACUUCAACAGAUGUGUGUCCGCUUGACACGGCAGCAUCAGAAAGAAACAACAUCUUUAACACAAUGAAGAAGUAAUGGCUGCAAACGUCUGCGCUUCUCUCCACAUCGACGCGACUGCCAUGUCCUGAAGAGAAACAGGAGCUCUCUGGAGAGCAGGAGUUCUGGAAAAGGUCAAAGGUCUUGGGUUAAGCAUGGUGUCAGUGGAGGUCUCUGUGGCUUUAGUGCUGUGCUGUGUUUUGAUGGGAGCCAGAGCUCUGAUUGAUUCAGAUGAUGUCAUCACAAGAGAUGAACAGAUCUUUCUCCUCAUUGGUGCGCGGUCGAGGUGUGAGAGAACCAUCCGUGCACAGUCAGACGUGGUCAGAGAGAAUAACUGCGCUCCUGAGUGGGAUGGGAUCAUUUGCUGGCCCACAGGAAAACCCAAUCAGAUGGUGGCAGUUCUGUGUCCUGAGUACAUCUAUGACUUCAACCACAGAGG